UCAACCGUCACCAUGUGGGAGUUCCGGUCUAUGAAUUUUUGGCGGGCAGUUUUUGCCGAGUUCUUCGGGACCAUGUUUUUUGUGUUCUUUGGCAUGGGCGCUGCCCUGCGCUGGACCACUGGGCCUCAUCAUGUCCUUCACGUGGCCCUGUGCUUUGGGCUGGCAGCCGCUACCCUCAUCCAGUCCAUCGGCCACAUCAGCGGCGGCCACAUCAACCCUGCCGUCACCUUUGCCUACCUUGUCGGCUCACAGAUGUCUCUUUUCCGCGCCAUUUUCUACAUUGCUGCCCAGUGCCUGGGUGCUGUAGCCGGGGCUGCUGUGCUGUAUGGGGUCACACCAGGCAACAUGAGAGGCAACAUGGCAAUGAACACGCUGCAGCCUGGCAUCAGUCUGGGGAUGGCCACCACUGUGGAGGUCUUCCUCACCAUGCAACUUGUCAUCUGCAUCUUCGCCGUGACUGAUGAGAGGAGAAACGGACGUCUCGGAUCUGCUGCCCUCUCCAUCGGCUUCUCUGUUACCAUCGGACAUCUCAUGGGGAUGUACUACACGGGUGCUGGAAUGAACCCUGCCAGGUCCUUUGCCCCUGCUGUGAUCUUCAGAAACUUUAUCAACCACUGGGUGUACUGGGUCGGGCCUAUGAUAGGAGGUGCCAUGGGGGCCCUCCUGUAUGAUUUCAUGCUGUUCCCACGCAUGAGGGGUCUGUCCGAGCGUCUGGCCACACUGAAGGGCAGUCGACCUCCCGAGAACGAGACCCAGCAGGACACCCGCGGGGAGCCCAUCGAGCUCAAGACACAAGCCCUAUAAACCUGCCCCUUCUCCCCUUCUCUGACUGGGGCCGAGGGAUGAGGGACAAGGCCCUGAGCUACAUCAACCCCACCUCCACUGCCCCCACCCAGUGCCUUCACAUACACACACACAGACACAAAACUAACCCAGACAACUCACGUGUAGACUAACACCUAACAACAUUUUCCAGUGCCACUCUAAAAACAUGCAGGUCAAUCACCUUUAACCUCAGCACACAACAACACUCCUCUACACCCAGUCAUCUCUCUGUAUUCUGAACUGGACUUUGUGUUUUCAUAAAUGGUGACCAGAGAUUGAACCAGUAGCCGCCCCGUCUCUCCCUGUCCGCCUGCUUCCUCCUCCCAGGCAGGCUUUUGAUCUGCAAUGCAGAAGCGUGUGGAAACCCUGAAAUCCAGCAGAGAGAUUUGAGGAGGGGAGGAGACUGGGGGGGUAGGACGGAGGUGAGGCAGGGAUGUGGGAAUGAUAUGUGAGAGGGAUAAGAGAGCAUGGGGCAGGUGGGGGUGGAGUAGAGGGGUGGAUAGAGAGGGCAGCACUUCUGGGUUUGUGGUCGUUUCAAGUUGGGUUAGACCAGUGAAGAUGGGCAUGCUUUUCAUUAUUCACAAGAAUAAUUUUUUUCUCCAUUUUAGUUUAUUUUUUGUUUUGUUUUCCGCACUUCACACACAAGACGUGGAUGUAUGAUACCAUUAGAUUUAACCAGGGUUUCAUUAUUUUCAAUCACUACAAUUUAUCUGUGGGUUUGUGUUUGUGUGUGCGCGUGAGAGUGAGUGUGUGCCUUUGUGUGCGCCUGCGCCUGUACGUUUGGGUGUAUUUGCAAGUGAGUGCGUUUAUGUGUGUACGUGUGCGACCGAGAUCGCACAUACAGUACUUUUUAUUUCGUUUUACCGCUCUCAUGUUUCGUAACCACUGAUUGUGCUCAUUUUUUGUCCCCAAUUUUUAAGACAUUACCAUUUCUCCUCCCCCUUCACUGUGCUAUUUGGUAUGAUAUUCAUUUUUACAUAAACCAUCUGCUUUUUUGUUCUGAACCAGCGCAAUCCAAAGCAAAUGUUGUAUCCCAGACUUCAAGAGUAGGUCUGCUGAUCGGCUGUGCGAGUUUUACAUUGAGUCUCCUUUUAUUAUUUGAUCCUUAACUGGGAGCACAAAGCGUUUCAAUAAGAAUUUCAAUGAAAAUAAACAUAAAA